AUGUCUUCUCAUAGCACUUUCAGGAUCAAGAGAUUCCUGGCCAAGAAACAAAAGCAGAAUCAGCCCAUUCCUCAAUGGAUUCUAAAGAAAACUAGUAAUAAGAUCAGGUACAAUUCCAAGAGAAGACACUGA